GCAGGCACCUUUGUUAUCAACUGAUUCCAGACCCCAAUGUUCCAAAAACAAAUAACAUUUGCCCCUAAACUCUCCCUUAAUUUUCCACUCAUGCCCUUUCGUAUUUCUCAAAGGUCCAACCGUAAUUUUCCUGACUAGACGAGGGUACUUACUUAAAUUCAACAGACAAGCUAUACCGCCAACUUAGUACAUUCUUUCUUCAAUUCUCAGUUUUCUGAAAGAAAGAAAAAAACUCAGUUCGUAGCAAACAGUUAAAGAAAGAGAAAAAGCGCGCGCACUAUAAUAAUCAGUUAAGAUCAUACCGUCGUGCCUGAUUGCUUUCGCGCGCGUGUUUGUUUAGCGAUGGCAGCCCCGCGUGCGGAACAAAGCCGAACCACCAGAGCUGCUCGUUCAUCAGCCUCCUCGGCGGAAGCUCGGCCGACAGCGGUGGUGAAAAGAGUUCCGCUGCGGCAGCUGCUACGCGUGACAUCAAUCGCCGGUGGAAUACAGUUCGGAUGGGCCCUACAGCUCUCUCUGUUGACACCUUACGUGCAAGAGCUAGGAAUUCCUCACGUGUGGGCCAGUAUUAUAUGGCUUUGCGGGCCAUUAUCGGGCCUGUUAGUGCAGCCUUUAGUUGGGCAUAUGAGUGAUCGUUGCACCAGUAGGUUCGGUCGCCGUAGACCGUUUAUAUUUGUGGGAGCCUGUUUAAUUUGUUUCGCGGUUUUAAUCAUUGGUCACUCCGCCGAUCUUGGAUGGUUGCUUGGCGACAGAGGCACCACUAGACCGAGAGCUGUUGUGGUGUUCGUGAUAGGUUUUUGGAUUCUUGAUGUCGCUAAUAACAUGACUCAAGGUCCUUGUAGAGCACUUCUUGCUGAUCUUACUGGGAAGGAUCACCGCAGGACACGAGUGGCAAAUGCUUAUUUCUCGCUAUUCAUGGCAGUAGGAAACGUCCUCGGUUAUGCCACCGGAUCAUUCAGUUAUUGGUACAAGGUUUUCCCAUUUACUGUUACUCCUGGAUGCAACAUUGACUGUGCUAAUCUCAAGUCUGCUUUCUAUGUUGACAUUGUUUUUAUGGUAAUCACUACAUAUCUAAGCAUUACGGGAGUUCGAGAAAUACCAGCAGGUUUGUCUGAAAGAUCACCACUCAUUAAUGAUGAAGUCUCAGAACAAUCAGGUCAUGCUGAAGAGGCUUUCCUCUGGGAGCUAUUUGGGACUUUCAAAUAUUUCACAUCGCCAGUGUGGACAAUAUUGGUAGUUACUGCUUUAAAUUGGGUUGGCUGGUUUCCAUUUCUUCUCUUUGAUACUGAUUGGAUGGGCCGAGAAAUCUAUGGUGGUGAACCAAAUGAUGGACAAUUUUAUACAAUUGGAGUUAGAAUGGGAGCUUUAGCUCUGAUGUUAAAUUCAGUUAUUCUUGGGUUAACAUCUUUGUUCAUGGAGAAGCUUUGCAGGAAGUGGGGAGCUGGUUUCAUGUGGGGAAUCUCAAACAUUAUUAUGGCUCUUUGCUUUCUUGCAAUGCUUAUAACCUCCUAUGCAGCUAAGCAUAUUGGCUACUUAGGUUAUGAUCUACCACCGAGCGGAAUUGUAAUAGCAGCAUUGGUGAUUUUUGCAGUUCUUGGUUUUCCGUUGGCGAUCACUUAUAGUGUUCCAUAUGCUUUAAUUUCGGCACGUAUUGAGCCAUUAGGACUUGGUCAAGGUUUAUCAAUGGGUGUUUUAAAUUUGGCUAUUGUGAUUCCACAGGUCAUUGUGUCUCUUGGAAGUGGACCGUGGGAUCAGCUAUUUGGAGGUGGAAACUCACCGGCUUUUGCAGUUGGAGCAUUAGCAGCCUUGACAGCUGGACUCAUUGCAAUCUUGGGUAUUCCUCGAUCUCGUCCCGCAAAGCAUAGGGCCCUCCCUUGAGAGAAAGGCUCACUUGCAAGUUGCAAAUUCAUCCUAUCAAUCGUCAGCUUAGUAUUUGUACCGACUAUGAGGGGAAGGUGCUUUCAUCUGUUAAAAUGCAAUCCUGCGUUUCUAGAAAACCCUGAAUUUUCAUGGAUUAGAAGCUUUGGGAAUUUGUUAAAAUGCAGAGGCCAAUCAACACUAGUUAAGAACAGUAGAAAAGGUGCGGACUCGAGAUUCAAGGUAUAUGGAUUCUGCUUGCAAUAUACCCUGCAUAGAUUUAGAGAAGGUGCAACUGGAAGUUUAUAUGUAAACGUCGGUUACAAGAAACUCAGUUAGUUCGAGAUUAGUGUGGUAGCCAUUGAUGGGUGAGACCAUUAGUUUAAGUUCAGCAAAGAGUCUAUACCAUUGAAAAUAAGUCUGUUUGCUACCUGUGGAAAAGUGAAGCACUGGAUUACCACCAAGGACUAGUUCUUUACCAACAAGUUGCUGACUGAUCGGGAUUUAUUCUUCGAGAGGAAGAAAAAACACAAUUAAUAUAAUAAAUAAAUAGAAGAUUGAAAUGUUUGAUUGCGCAUCGGUGGUCCAGGCACGAUGCACUGGAAUCUCGUGCAAUUUUUUGUGCUUAAAUUUGGUUUUAUGAAUGUGGUGAACUGUGCUUGGUGGGCAUCAGUAAAAAUAUGAGUUGUGCUGAUGGAAACCCUGAUGGAGACAUGUCUUUCAUGCUUUGAUUUCUCAAAAAAAGAUUGAUUGAUUUUUUUUUUAUAGAAGGUAUCAUCCUUUAUGAUUGUACAAAACAAUACUAGAAUAAUUAUUUUUUGAAAUUGCUCGAGUCGGAGGAUUGGAAUAAAUUCUUAUGUUUAUUGCA